GCUUCUUUCAGCUAUAAAAAGCCCCUAAGUUCUUCCAAGUAAGCCACACUAAUUGAUCUCUACGAAUCAUAUCUUUCGACGGUCCUCUUCUUGAGGAGAGUACUUCAUUUGUUGGAGCGUUGGAAGAAGUCGGAGGCCUCCGCGAGAUGACGAUGGGUCAGAACGGAGCUGGCUUCGAGGUCUCGCUUGAUCUGCAUCAGCAAGGCGGUGGCUCCUCCAAGUGCUUCGACGACGACGGCCGCCUCAAAAGAACUGGGACUGUGUGGACGGCCAGUGCUCACAUCAUCACAGCUGUGAUCGGGUCGGGAGUGCUAUCGCUGGCAUGGGCCACGGCACAGCUCGGGUGGAUCGCCGGGCCGGCGGUGAUGUUCCUGUUCUCCUUCGUCACUUACUACACCUCCGCUCUCUUGGCCGCUUGUUACCGCUCAGGCGACCCUGUCACCGGCAAGCGCAACUACACUUACAUGGAGGCCGUCCAUGCCAAUCUCGGUGGGGUAAAAGUGAAGUUAUGUGGAGUAGUUCAGUACCUGAACCUUUUUGGGGUUGCCAUUGGUUACACCAUUGCAUCCUCCAUAAGCAUGAUGGCAAUCGCCAGAUCAAAUUGCUUCCACAAGAAGGGUGACGAUAGUCCCUGUCACACGAGUAGCAAUCCGUACAUGAUCGCCUUCGGGGUCAUCGAGAUCUUUCUUUCCCAAAUCCCGGACUUCGACCAGCUGUGGUGGCUCUCCAUUGUGGCCGCCGUCAUGUCGUUCACUUACUCAACCAUCGGGCUUGGCCUCGGCAUCGCAAAAGUUGCAGAAAAUGGCAAAUUCGGAGGAAGUCUCACUGGGAUAAGUAUUAACGCUGUCACUGGUGUCACUGAGACCCAGAAGAUAUGGAGGAGCUUCCAGGCCCUUGGUGACAUAGCUUUUGCCUAUUCAUACUCCAUCAUCCUCAUUGAAAUUCAGGACACGAUUAAGUCCCCGCCAUCAGAGUCCAAGACGAUGAAGAAGGCCACGUUGGUCAGUGUGGCGGUCACGACUGUAUUCUACAUGCUCUGCGGCUCCAUGGGCUAUGCUGCAUUCGGGGACAUGGCGCCCGGGAACCUCCUCACGGGUUUCGGGUUCUUCAACCCUUAUUGGCUCGUUGACAUAGCGAAUGCUGCCAUCGUAAUCCACCUCAUUGGUGCCUACCAAGUCUACUGCCAACCUCUCUUCGCCUUCAUCGAGAAAUACUCUGCGAAAAGGUUUGCUGACAGCGAAUUCAUCACCAGGGAGAUCGAGAUCCCGGUCCUGGGCUUCCGGCCCUUAAAGCUAAAUGUCUUCCGGUUGAUUUGGCGAACCAUUUUCGUGAUUCUAACCACCGUGAUCUCGAUGCUGCUCCCAUUCUUUAAUGACGUGGUCGGAUUGCUUGGCGCUCUAGGAUUCUGGCCUUUGACGGUUUACUUCCCGGUCGAGAUGUACAUCGCCCAAAUGAAGAUCCCCAAGUGGAGCACCAAAUGGCUGUGCCUCCAGAUCCUCAGUGGAGCUUGCCUCAUCAUCACUAUAGCCGCUGCCGCGGGCUCCAUCGCCGGUGUCGUGCUCGAUCUCAAGUCCUACAAGCCUUUCAGUACAAGCUACUAAUUUGCCCCGACAUCACCAAUCGUCCCAUUGCUGAUGAGGAGUCGCGAGGCAGGGGAGGAGUUUAAUUUUAGGAUUUUCCUUCUUUUUGAUGUUCAUAGGAUGCUCCAGGAAGAGAAAUUACUCCAUAUGUUGAUCAAUAGUUGGGUAUUGUUUUCCGGUGGAUGUAACGCAAGGUUGAACCUUGUACUCUGCUUCUUCUUGCAAGAUAUGAAAAGGGUGACCAGCAAUUACUAUGA